UCAGCGCAGACGGCACGCGUUUCGCUUCGAGUGAAUCACAGAAGAACAACACAACAAAAAAUAUAGAGGAACACGCGAAGCAGCAGCAACGUUGUCGUCGUCGUCGUCGUUGUCGUCGUCGUCGUCUUUUGUCAUCGUCGCGUUGUGUCGUUGGCGUUGUUCUUGUCGCUUUCUCGCAUCCGUGACCGUGUCUCGUCUUCUCCGCGUGUUCGUCGUGUGCGUGUGUGUCUGUGCGUGUGUCUGUCUGCGUAUCGUCUUGACUGUGUCGUCGGUGUGUGUGUUAGUGUGUCAGUGUAUGUGUGCCGCGCAUGUGACUGCCAGCUGCCUCCACGUUGUUUCUAUGUUGAGGAAUUCGACGCGACAAAAUGAAAAACUAAAUGCAAAAUAAGCUGACGAACGAGAAGCAACAACAACUAAAAACAAAAACAAAAACAAAAACAAAACCAAAUAACUACGAAAAUUGCCAGAAGAAAAAUAGUAGCAAAAUACUAGAGUAAUAAUAAUAACAAAUAACAAAACAACAAACGCGAAAACGAACAACGAAAUUUGAGCAAAAGGAAACGGAAACGUUUUUUGUUUUCUCUUCUUCGCGUUCUUGUUCUUAUUGUUGUUGUUGUUGGCUUCUCUUCUUUGUUGUUAUUUUCUUUCUCUCUCUCUCUCUCUCUCUCUGACUGUCUGUCUGUCUCUUUCUCUUGGGCUGCUUCCCGUUUGUUGUUGUGGCGUGUUUUCUCCCCGUCUCGUUUUUGGCUUUUUGGAAACACGCUUUGUGCCAAGUUCACAACAAACAUCACUUCAGAUUGUGGUUUUCCAUCAUACGGCGACAACACAGGGAAGCGCAGAAGUGAAACAAGAAGAAGUAUAGAGAAGCAUUAGAGAGCAGCACGCAAAAAAGGGAAAUGCAGGAGCUGAAAAACGAGAAGCAACAACAACAACACCAGCAUCAGGAUCAGCAGCAACUGCAACAGCAACAGCAGGCGAAGAGCAGCCACCAGCGAAAUAGCGAAGAAACAUUUAAAGAAUUUUAAUCGAAUACUGCCAAGAAACAAAUAUUUGUAUUUAUACAAUUAUAAUAUACACGAAUAACAAAAAGGAUAUAUUAAUACCAACUAUAGCAAGUUAUAGAUUAUAUAUAGAAAAUAUACUACAACUAGAACAACUCGCAACAAAAACGAAAACGAAAGCAAAAUCAUAAUAUGCAACAGGAACAACAACAAGAAGAACAACAAGAGAAAUUUCAUUUAAUUAAAUCGACAACAAGAAUGAAAAGUUUGCGAAUCGAAUGAAUCGAGUCGAAUCGAAUCGAAUCGAGUGUUACUUGCAACUAACGAAGGAAACAUUUCUAAACGAAAAGAAAUAAAAUGUAAAUAAAUGCUGCCAAAUCCCAAAAUCCAACAACAACUGAAAUGCAUAUAACGCACAACAACAACUAUAACAAAACUGCAACUAAUUUUAAUAGUUAUAACAACAACGAGAAGAACAGCAACAGGAACAGCAACAGCAACAACAACAAUCUUCUUGCAACCACGCACAGCAGCAACGCCUGCGCCAAAGGCAACUGCAACAACAGCAACAGCAACAGCAACCGUAACAACAAUUGGAACUGUCACAACAUUGAUAAUUAACAUUUAGCAGUCACUGUACAACUGUAACAGCUACAACAACGUCGCUGCCACGCCCACAACGCUAGAGACAAGCGCGCAGAGGGAAAUGAGAUGAAGUGGUUUCAAGUGACCAUAGAUAUGAUUCUUGUGCUUUCAUUUAUAUCAAGCAGCACAGCGAAUCCGGAUGCGAAGCGACUCUACGACGAUCUGCUAAGCAACUACAAUAAAUUGGUGCGUCCGGUGGUCAAUGUCACGGACGCUUUGACCGUGCGCAUCAAACUGAAGCUAUCCCAACUGAUUGAUGUCAAUCUAAAGAAUCAAAUAAUGACCACAAACCUGUGGGUGGAGCAAUCCUGGUACGAUUACAAACUCAAAUGGGAGCCCAAAGAGUAUGGCGGCGUCGAAAUGCUCCACGUGCCCUCCGACCACAUUUGGCGUCCCGACAUUGUCCUCUACAACAACGCCGAUGGCAACUUUGAGGUGACGCUGGCCACAAAGGCGACACUCAACUACACUGGACGCGUCGAGUGGCGACCGCCGGCCAUCUACAAGAGCUCCUGCGAAAUUGAUGUCGAAUACUUUCCGUUUGACGAGCAAACAUGCGUCAUGAAGUUCGGCAGCUGGACAUACGAUGGAUUCCAGGUGGAUCUGCGUCACAUCGAUGAACUGAACGGCACCAAUGUGGUCGAAGUGGGCGUGGAUCUGUCCGAGUUCUAUACGUCCGUUGAAUGGGAUAUACUUGAAGUUCCUGCAGUGCGAAAUGAAAAAUUCUAUACGUGCUGCGAUGAGCCAUAUCUGGACAUCACAUUCAACAUCACAAUGCGACGCAAGACGCUCUUCUACACGGUCAACCUGAUCAUACCCUGCAUGGGCAUCAGUUUUCUAACCAUUCUGGUCUUCUACCUGCCAUCGGACAGUGGCGAAAAGGUCUCAUUAAGCAUAUCCAUUCUGCUGUCGCUCACUGUGUUCUUCCUGCUGCUGGCGGAAAUCAUUCCGCCCACAUCGCUGGUGGUGCCGCUGCUCGGCAAAUUUGUGCUUUUCACAAUGAUACUGGAUACGUUCAGCAUCUGUGUGACAGUGCUGGUGCUGAACAUUCAUUUCCGUUCGCCACAAACGCACACAAUGGCGCCUUGGGUGCGCACGGUGUUCAUCAAUCAGCUGCCACGUUUUCUGGUGAUGCGUCGACCGCUCUAUCCGAUCAGCGAAAUGAUCAAAUCCUCGCGUCGUCUUAUGGUGCGCACGUGCAAUGGACUCGAGCUGAGGGAUCAAAUACCACCGUUGCCACCGCCUGUGGCUCUGUCCCGCAUGCAUCACAGCCCUAAAACGACAUCGCGUAGCACAUCGCCGCAUCUGCAGCAUCGCGUACAGACGCUCAGUCUCAUGGAUGAGCUGGGCGCAAUGGGUGGCGGUGGUGUUGGGGGCGGUGGUGGUGGUGUUGGUGGUGGUGGUGGUGCCUCAACAAUCACCGGGCAUUUGAGCUCACUGUAUCCGCCGACCAUAUCGACGGUUAACCAGCAAACCUCGACCACAUCCUCGCUGAUUGAUGCCCAGUAUCACAAUCAGUAUCAGCAGACGGGCGGCUCGCUACUCGAUCAUCCGCUGACGCCGACCAAGUUCCGCCAGAUGACCUCGACGUCAAGCCAGACGGGCCAGACGGGCCAGGGCCAGAACGGCGCCACCACCGCUCAUCAUCAUUACAAUGCGGGCGCAUGCUGCGGCUCGUCGACAGGUGCAGCUGGUGGUGCAGCUGGCAAAAGCAGCUCCACAUCGACGCUGGCACAGCAUCAGGGGGGCAUUAGCAGUCAGGGCAGUCAGGCAGGGGCUGGCAGCUAUCAUCUGUAUCGUCAGCAAUCGAGUUGCUCGGCAAAUUUCUCGCCAUUGCCGCUGCAUGCGCAUCAAGCGCACGCCUCGACGACCACCUGCGAUUUGGGUUUGGGCGGCAUCCACAAUCCCAAUGUGAUAAAGUCCACAACGACGGUGAAUUCGGUGGCCACCGCCUCAACGCUCGCUGAUUCCUGCUGCAGCGGCACCAUACAAAUCCAUCAGGGCAUGGGCGCUGGCGCCGCCUGCCAAUCCUCAGAGCUGCUGCAUCAACAUCGACCCACCACAUCAGCCGCCGCGGCCGCUGCAGCCGCUGCAGCUGCUGCCGCCGCCUCAGCAGCUGGUGCCAGCACCUCAGCGGCGGCAGCUGCAGCCGCAGCAGCAGCGGCAGCAUCGGCGGCGGCAGCGGGUGGUGCAACACCGACGCCACCGCCACCGCCAGCCUGUGAUAUAUUGCCUGCCUGCCAGCGCGAGGGCGGACCCCACUGUUGUACGGGGGGACGGGGCAGCAAUGUGCGACAACGCUGGCACACCUGCCCAGAGCUCCACAAGGCCAUGGAUGGUGUCAACUAUAUUGCGGAUCAGACGCGCAAGGAGGAGGAGAGCACACGGGUCAAAGAGGACUGGAAAUACGUUGCCAUGGUGCUGGAUCGUCUCUUCCUCUGGAUAUUCACAAUAGCUGUGGUGGUGGGCACCGCCGGGAUUAUCCUGCAGGCGCCCACGCUCUACGAUACUCGCGUACCCAUUGACAUCAAGCUGUCGGAGAUUGCCUCCACGACGGCCAAGCCGAAUGUGGCGAGGCCCGUGUUGUAAAUCCCAUAAGGACGACAUCAGCACACACACUUACACACAUACAGAGAUACACGCACACACUCACUCACACAGACACGCGCAUCCUUGGAUAGUCUGAGGAAGUAAAAGAAGGAAGAGAAGAAAUUCGCAUUUCUACUUUUUUUUUGUGACAGUAACAACACGACGAAGUGGAGGAAUCAGAAGCAGAUGAUGGAAAAGUCGAAGAAGAAGUAGAAGAAGAAGAACAACAAAAAGCAAGUAACUAUAACUUUAACAAGAAACCGAUACAUGUAUUUGUUAUAAACUUAGAACCAUGUAAGAAAUGAAUUGAAUCGAAAACAUGAUAACGAAAUGAAUAUGAUGAUGAUGAUGAUGAUGAUGACGAACCUUAGCUACGAUUAACUAACUAUAACGAAAUUGUACACUAAUGUUUAACAAUGAUAGCAACAACAAUUGAAAGACAAGCACAAAAAGCCUCUUAAGAUGUUAUAACGAUUUGCCCAUAAUAACAUACCUACAUAAAAUAAGCUCUGUUCCACAAGUGUUCUACUACAAUCGUUCUUCACCACCCAACUUCACACAUACACGCAUUCAAUAUGAAUACAAUUCGUUCGAUUUAAUUGUUCAUCGAUAAAUACACUUAGCACUUAGUAGAUAGAUAGGCAAAUUUGUUUAAUUUAUCGGCUGCCAAACUGUUUCAAAUUAAUUGCCUGAUCGAUGCUCGGUUUAUCGACAAUCGAUUAUACAUACAAAAGCAGCACUGAUUUGCAAUCGAAAGCACGAUAAGCUUAAUUUGCUGUAAAAGCUGCUGCAAUAAUAAGUUAAUUAGUUAAGCACCAAAGCCCAAGACAACAUUAUAAUUAGUAUUCUAAUUUCGUUGCGUUUCGCAGUUGUUUUUUUUUGUUGUUGUCCUCCAUUGCAUUUGCCGUUUCGCAAGUGCGUGAGUGAGUAAGUCAGCAAGGCAGCGUGGAGCAGAAGAGGAUGAAGCGAGAGAGCGGCGGACUGUGAAGUGUAGUGGGUGACUGGGUGACUAAGCGUAAGCUUUCGAGCUGCAAAUGAUGCAUGCAAAUUAGUGCAAAUAAACACACAGCACAGCACAGCAGUAUGCGAUGCUCCUCCUCGCACAUUCGCCUUGCGGCAAUUAGUUAGCACAAAGCUUUAGUUAUUAUGCCCAAGUGUGCGUGUUUCGAGUGCUUCUGCAUGUGCACUCACACACACACACACACAUACAAAUACAUAUAUAAAUACAUGUGCAUAUUAGUAUGUGUGCGUGAAGAGUAAAUAAUCACCAUUUGGAAUUCAAAUUCAAUUUUAGUGUGUCAGCUGCGCGCGCGUGCAGCCCGCCUAAUUGGCCAGCAUAACGGCAUAUAACUGGCAAAUCGCACAGCACAACACAUGGGCACAGAUCAACAACGGUAACUACCCCUCCUCCGCAAUCCCAUACAUUUUUCAAACUCCCCAAUGCUAUUAUAAUUUGUUUAAUUCUCUGCACUCGUUUGUUGCCUACGUUUUAUGUGCAUUCACACAGCAUUCAGCUUUCUACUGCUCACGCAAAUCGUUCACUCGUUUUUUUGUUAUGUGGGUCAGAGGGGAGAGGUGCUUAAUGUUCGGCACGCCGAGAUAACUCCAUAUUUUUUUUUUUGCUGUGCUAUGUGGUGCGUUUUUACCUUUUUAAUGCACUUGCGACUCUCAUAAUUUAUGCAAAUUUGCAAUUGUACUGCAAUUUAUGCGCACAAUUUACGCCGGCUACCUGCCCAAGCGGUCACGUGCCAACAGUCGCAACGACAACAACAAUAACAACUACAGCAACAAUGCCAAUUUUUGACAACAACAAAAUUCAUAGUACUUACAGUUCAAGCGCCAAAAAGUUUUCUUGUCUCUCGCUGUUCAUCUCCUGUUUGUAUGUGUGUGUGUGUGUGUGUGUUUUUGCAUUUUGCCCCGCUUUGAUUUUGUUUUUAUUUGGAUUUUGUCCACUCUCGCAGCACAUUAUUCCGUUUAUCUGCAUUUCACUGUAGCAAUAAAAAUCAAAAUAAUGUUGAUUAGCCGACCGAAAAUGUUUUCCAAAUUGCAAAGCGCUUGAAAAACGUUGUAAAGCACAAACAAAACAUAAAUGGCAAUAAAAACAACAACCACAAAAUCCCGAAACCAAAGCGCACACCAUUCUUAUGCUUAACAUUAAAAGGGAAAUUUUAGCAGUGCGCAAGGAGGGAAAUUUUUCAAAUGCUAACAGCGCACUGUUGAGUGCAGCCGAGUUCUGCCAGCAGACAGCAGGCAGUGUAGUGAAAGCGACGACUGCUGUUAAUGCCAAUUAUGCGAUCAGAGACACACACACACACACAUACAUAUUUUGCUUGCUGCAAGAGUUACGUAGCAGUCAGCGUGCUGUGGGGAUCUAUCUUGUUCUUAAUGUUGGGUCGUAAACUUUUAAAAUUCUUACAGAGCAAUAACUAAAAUGCGCUAAAUGACAGACAAUUAUUUUGAGAUUGCUGCUAAAGUGCAAUUCAGCGCACAAUCAACUGGAAAAUAAUGUUGUUUCGUGUUAUUUGCUGCUGUCUUGUCCACUUGCAUCCAUUGCAUCCACUUCAUUUUGGUCCAGUGUCAAUCGUCAGCAAUUCGCCGUAAUUGUUGGCAUCUCUUUUGCUCCUUAAGCAUUCCGCUCCAACAGCAACAACAGCAGCAGCAGUUUUAAAAGCGGCGGGCGCACCACUUUAAUUAAAUGAUGAAAAGCGAGUGAGCAAAAAAAAAAAUAAAAAUAAAAAUAGUGCACACACACACACACACACACACACACAAAAUGAAAAGCCAUUAACCAAUAACAAAUUAUUAUGAUUUUUUUCUUUUUGCUAUUUAUAUGUGUUGGGCGGAUGCAAGAAGUAAAAGAGAUGGAAAAACACUAUAGUAGAGUAUAAAAAGUGACCAUGUCGAAAGUUUUUAAAGCGCUUUUAAUGACGGGCCAAGCGAGCAAACUCACAAGGCGUUUUAUAGUUUUUGGUUUUUUUCUCUCUCUUUUUGCUUUCCUUCUCGUUCAACAUGGUAGGAAGGUAGGAAGGAGAGAGGAAGCUGGCAUGGACAUUGAAACCGACCGCAAAUCAUAAUUGUUGCGGCAACAACGAAAACAACCAGCAAAAAGCUGGAGAGUGUGAGAGAGGAAGGCAGCGUAACAAUAAUACCAACUGUGGCCACACAAAAAGCACAUUAGCCUGGCUAUCGCCUUGACUGUCUGCCACAGCUCCUUGGUCCCCCCCUGACCCCUGUCCUCUGGUGUUGUUGCUGUAGUUGUUGUUGUUGUUGCUGCUCUCUCUUUGUUUCAUGCAUUUCGCUGUUUGAAGCUAGGCUCUGUUGGUCGCGAUGCGUAUCAGCGAGUUUGUUACACAUAACUUUUGCCGCGCAGCGCCUAAAAGUAUGCUACAGCACUUAUCUAUUGCCCUGAGACGCGCUCUGUAUGAGUAUGAGUAUGUGUUUGUGUGUGUGUGUGUGUGUGUGUAUGUGUGUGUGUGUGUGUGUGUGUGUGUGUGUGUGUGUGUGUGUGUGUGUGUGUGUGUGUGUGUGCUGGGCAAUACAAAAGCAAUCAUAAAGUUACUGCCAACAUUUUUGACGUGCCCCGCUGCUCGCGCGACUCGUUAAAUGGGCCUAUCUCUAUCUCUAACAUAGUAUUCCACCUAGAUGUCGCUGCUGCUGUUGGUGCUGUUGGUGCUGCAUAGACUGCCGCUCAAUAGGAGCGACAAAUUUAUUGCUUGCUAAUAGGAAAACAGCCCCGAAAAAUGGACAAAGGACCAACUUUGUUAGCCGCCAAAGCGGAAGCAAACAGUUUUUCGACAUUUUUGUUCUUUUGUUUUGUCUCCUCUCUCUCUCUCUCUCUCUCUCAUUCUCCCUCUUUCGCAUCUUAGGGGACACAAAAAAUAUGUUUUCAACAUAAUUUCAUUCAUUAUAUUCGAAUUUUCAUUGUUGUUGACGCUUGUGCUGGGGAACGCUUUGCUUUUGGGCUUGGGGAACGCGUGCUGCUCAUUUUCAGUGGACUCAUUAUCAUGCCACGCCCUCAUUCCCCCAUUCCCUAUUCCAGCCCCUU